GUCUUUAAGCGUUCUAUAACAUUUAAAAUAUAUUUAAAUAUAUAUACAAAAUGAAUAUAAAAUAUAUUAUUUUAUUGUGUUUGAUAAAUUAUAUUGCAACAGUUCAAUCUGCUGAUGUUGGGGAAAUUCAAAUGGAAACGAUGGACAGACCGGACAGUUCAGCAUAUUCACUGGAUGACGUGAUAUACUGGUCAAAAAAAUUGGAACUAGUUAAAAUUCGAAGAUGUGGUAAACUGCUUACGGAUGCUAUCGAGUCCUUUCCGCAACGCGUUAAAAAUAUAUUACUUCAAAAAAACUGGCCAGCUCCACUUGUGGACGAUCUCGUUGCAAAAUAUAAUGAAAGUAACUGGCCAUCUUGGAUAACGGCCCCGAAAUUACAAAAUGAAGAAACACAGGAACUUAUGAAAAAUUUAAAAUGUAGACUUAUUCCGGGUGUUCUCAGUGACAAUCAAGAACAAGCAGUAAUCGUUUUCGCUUCUGAUAAUACGCAUAUGCCUUCUGAUAUGACUGCUCGUCCCGGAUUUUUGAUGAAUUUCAAUGGGGGAGCUUUGUAUUUUAUUGAUUUUGAAGAAUUUCUAAGUGUCCCAAAACUCUUGACACUAGUAGAAGAAAUUAAAUGGGAUUUGUUACUAACGGUGCCUCCAAAUUCUCUUAAGGAUCGCGUUAAACGUAUUCUGACUAAAAGAAAUUUUUCAAGUCGACUUGUGGAUCCUAUUGUCGAAAAAUAUAAUCGAGAUAGCUGGCCAUCUGGUAUAAGGGGCACGCAAUUACAAAAUGACGAUAAGAAGAGUCUUUUAGAAGAAUACAAAUGCAGACGUAUUCCGGGUUUCAUCAGUAGCAACCGAGAAGAAGCAGUAAUCGUGUUCGCCUCUGAAAAUAAGCAUAUGCCUCCUGAUAUGAUUGCUGAGCCAGGGUUUUUGUUUAUAUUCCAACAGGGAGCAUUACCCAUCAAUAAUUGUUGCGAAAAAUAUGUGCUCUCAAAUUUUAACUGUCCGCGUUGCCCCAUAGCUGAAGGCCGUAAGUCCAUAUGGGUUUGGGGAUACUUGACAGAGGAAGAGGAGGAGGUUAUAUGUACACUUCGUAUAGGGAAACACCAGGUCGAGGGAGAAGUCUUAAAAGUAAAGGCAGUAUGA